AUGGUAAAUAAAGAUUAUGAUGAAGAUGACGAAUUUAUUCCACAUAUCGACCAAGAAUGGGAAAUUAAUACUGUUGUAGGAUCAGGUGGUUUCUCUAAAGUUUAUAAAGGAAAAAAGUUAAAUGGUAAAAUCAAUGGUAAAACUGUUGGCGGUUUAUUUACAGCAAUAAAAGUUAUUGAAAAACACAAAUUCGAGUUUAAUGAAAUUAAUAUAUUAAAAAAACUAAAGCAGCAUAGUUCUAUUGCAAAGUUUUAUGGAUUGGGCAAGGAUGAAAAGCAUAUUUAUAUUUAUAUGGAGUAUGUCUAUGGUAUCAGUAUAGCAGACAAAUUAAGAAUGGCUCAAGGUUGCAAAUUUCCAGAGAAUGAAAUACACACUAUUGUAAAAAGUUUAGUAGAGGCAAUUUACUUUAUACACCACAAUUGUAUUAUUCAUAGGGAUAUCAAAGGUGAAAAUAUCUUAUUGGAUAAAAGCGAUAUAAGUUUAAUCAAGCUGAUUGAUUUUGGGUUGUCGAAACAAUACGAGGGUUCAUCAAAGCAUCACUCGUUAAUAGGUACAUAUACCCAUAUGGCACCAGAAGUACGUCUACAAACUAAUAAAGCCGGUAGAAAAUCUGAUAUAUGGUCAUUAGGUUGCACCAUAAUAGAGAUGGCUGGUGGAGACUUGACAAAGGUAGAUGAAAAUGCAAUUCCAUUUAUUCCUCAUCAUUUAUCAUUAGAGUGUAAACAUUUUAUUCAAACUUGUUUAAUUUCAAAUCCAAAUGGCAGAGCUGAUAUUCAAUUCUUAAAAAAGCAUAAAUAUUUACACGAUCUAAAUUUUAAAAAUUCAAUUCUAAAUGAAACCCUUUUAAUUCCAAUAAAUUCAAUAUUAGAACCAAUCGAUGAAUUUGAUGGUAAUGAUAAUAAUCAGUUUAAACUUCCAGAAAUUAAAGAAAGACUGGGAUCAAAUAGUAUUUUAAAUAUAGAUAAUGAAGUUUUAUUACCAGCACUGCAAAAGUCAAGAGACAUAAGAGAUUUGAAAGGAAGAGAGAUUAUUACUUUACCAUCCUUUAUUCAUAAAUAUAUUCCCGAUGUGCAAUCUUUGACCUUGACAACUUUUAACCAAAUCAUUACUCCAAGGUGCAUACCAGCUUCAGUUAAAGAACUCUAUCUACCAGUAUUUAAUCAAAUUAUAUGUAAAAAUUGUAUUCCCUCUAGUGUAACCAAACUUAGCAUACCUGCCUUUAACAAAUUCUUAGAUCCAGAUAGCUUACCAGACUCAAUUACCAGCAUUAGAUUGGAUUUAUUUAAUCAACCUUUAUUACCAAACUCGUUACCCAAAAACCUUUUCAAACUUUUAUUACCAUCCUUUGACCAACCUCUACUUCCUGGGUGUAUACCAAAUGUUGUCGAUUUAAAAUUACCAAAAUUUAAUAACCAAUUAGUAGAGAGGGCAAUACCGAUCACAGUAAAGAGACUAUCACUACCGAUGUUUAAUCAAUGUUUAAAAGAGUUUUGUAUACCCCACAAAGUAGAGUUCCUCAAAAUGAAAUCUUUUAAUCAACCAAUUAGCCAAUAUCAUUUUCCAGAUUCAAUAAAAGAGCUAAUAUUACCUUCGUUCAACCAGCAUCUAUUGCCAGAUUUCAUCCCAGACUCUGUUUAUUAUCUGCUACUGUCCUCAUUUAACCAAAUUAUAGUGCCAGAGUGCUUUCCAAGCUCAGUAGAAAACCUGGUCGAUUUAAAAGCUUUCAAUCAAUUAUUAACACCUGAUUGUAUACCAGAGUUGGUGGAAGAGUUAACACAGCUAGAUCUCUCAAUGUUUAAUCAGCCAAUAACAAUUGAUUGUAUACCAGAUACCGUAGUUCAUUUGUCUCUUUGCUCUUUUAAUCAAUCUUUAUCGCCAGGUACUUUACCACCAAAAAUUUCAACACUUUUAUUAGCUUCAUUUAACCAACCCCUUGAAGAAGAGGGUUGUAUACCGCCCAAUGUUGAAACUCUUUCUCUACGUGACUAUAACCAUCCUCUACUUCCAGGUGUAUUGCCUCCAUCAAUUCAAAUUCUCAUCCUUGGUAAAUACAACCAACCAUUAGAACAAUUUUCAAUACCAUCAUCAGUCACCCAUCUAGUCCUAUCAGAUUUCGACCAACCAAUAUAUGAAGGUAGUUUACCUCCAAGUUUGACCAAACUUUAUUUCGAAAAGUUUAAUCAAGAUCUAGAAUCUGAAUCUAUUCCUGAAAGUGUAACUGAUCUAGACCUGGGUAAUGAGUUUCAGUUUCAAGAUUAUUCAUCAAAUUUACCUUUUAAUAUUAUAUCAUUAAAAUGUGGAUACAAAUUUACCAAACCAUUAAGAAAAAGAGAUAUUCCAUCGAGUGUAACAGAGUUAGUAUUAAACAACUAUAAUCUAACCGUUCCGCUCAACACAAUUCCAAAAUCAGUGGUUUCGCUAACACUAGGUUUAAUUACGAAUGAUAUUAAAUCAUUAAAAAAUAUUCCACCAUCAGUUAUUAAUCUUUCAUUAGUUUUAAAUCACGAAAACAAUAGUGAGGAUAGUUGUUGUGUAGCAUGUGUCUGUAAUAGUAGUGAAAGUGGUAAUAGUAGUGGAAGUUUAGGUAGUGUGGGUAGUGGUUCAAGCUCGUGCAAUUGUAUAGCAAGUAGUAAUAGUAGUAAUAGUAGUAGUAGUAAUAGUAGCAAUAGUUCAGAGGUUAUAGAUUUAUUAAAACAAAACUUGAUGAAUAGCAUAAUUUCAAUUAAAGUUAAUGGUGAAGAGAUAAAUCUAAAUUAA